UGCUGCUCGAACGACCAUCGCCCACCGCUCGCCUUGUACCUGUUUCUCUUGUUCACGAUCCUCAUCAACGCACUCGCUUCCUGCAGAGCCAUACAUGACAAGACGGUAUACAACAUAGAACCAUCUGUUCGGAUCAGCAGCAGUUACCCAGCCUACUUAGGGACUCACGACGCUUCCCACGACGCUCUCGCAUUCGCUGUUCUAGACAAGCGAAUCUUGUUCUUCACACCAUGGGUCAGGCAGGAUCUCAGGUUAUUGACAACCUGGAGAAGAACUCCAACUUCUCUCAGGCAGAACUCAUACGUCUGAAAAAGCGGUUCAUGAAACUAGACAAGGAUGGAAGCGGCAGUAUCGAUAGGGACGAGUUCCUCCAGAUUCCGCAGAUCGCCAAUAAUCCUUUGGCACACCGGAUGAUUGCCAUCUUUGACGAAAGUGGUUCAGGGACAGUAGACUUUUCCGAAUUCGUCGGCGGUCUCAGCGCGUUUAGCAGUAAAGGUGGACGAGAAGAAAAGUUACGGUUUGCCUUCAAAGUGUAUGACAUAGACCGAGAUGGCUACAUCUCGAACGGAGAGCUGUACUUGGUACUGAAGCAGAUGGUAGGAAACAACCUGAAAGACCAGCAGCUGCAACAGAUUGUAGACAAGACGAUCAUGGAAGCGGACAAGGAUGGGGAUGGCAAGCUGAGCUUCGAGGAGUUCACCUCGAUGGUUGCGAAUACGGAUAUCAUCAAGCAAAUGACGCUAGAAGACCUCUUCUAGGCUUCUAAUGACACCUCACCCGAGAAUCCACGGAAUCACUUGACGACGAUUAUUAUCUCCCCGAUCCACCCAUACUCAUAUCACGACCCACCUGUCAUUCAUCGAUCCACCCAUUUCGUUCCAUCUUCGGAAUGUUGUAGCUUCUAUAGACCGCGUUUAUCUGGAAUGAAAUGCAAGGCCGAAU